AUGGUCAGCUUUUGAAAUUGCAAAAAUUCUAAUAACCUCGGUUUUGUGCACAGAAUCCCUGCGAAGCAAAUCCAUGUCUUAAUGGUGGUAAGUGUGUAGCGGAUSGAAUCGACCUUCGCUGCGAGUGUAAAGGACAUGUUGGUGAAAACUGCGAGAUUUUAGAUAUCGUACCAAAGUCUUGCAGCGAGUUAAAGACGAUGUUCCCCACAAAACCAUCGGGUAACUACGUCAUUGAUCCCGAUGGCCAAUCAGAGCAGAAGCCAUUUACUGUACACUGUGAUAUGACUGACAAGGGAGGGGUAGGUGUUACUGUUGUCAGUCAUGAUAGWGAGGCCAGGACUCUUGUURACAACUGUAWKAAUUGCAUUCGAAAUGUCGUCUACARUGUUACAAUGGCACAGCUGGCAAAACUGACGCAAAUAUCCGCCCACUGCGAGCAGUUUAUCAAAUUUGAAUGCAAAGAUGACGUUUCGUUUGUGGCWGAUGGYGACGCUUGGUGGGUGUCACGUGAUGGUGUACGUCAGGAGUACUGGGGCGGGGCAACACCAGGAAGUGGUAAAUGUGCCUGUGGUAUGACCAACACUUGCGAAAAUUCAAAAGGAUGUAAUUGUAACAAUGUUGGAAGUUCAGGUAAAGGAUCGUUUUCUGACAGCGGUCUGCUGACUGACAAGUCCACUCUACCCGUGACUCAGAUGAGGUUCAGUGAUACUGAUCAAAGCCAUGAACAAGGUUACCACACCCUGGGAAAACUAAAGUGCUAUGGGCAAACUUGACAUUAGUAUCCAGUCAAAAUGAUGGUUCUGACAUACGCACCCCUGCGUACCCUGUAAAGUCUUUAAUUAAGAAUCUUUAAAAUGCAUCAUCGAUAACAGAU